AUGAAUGGAAAAUAUAAACGACAACAAAGCCUUGAACCAAGCUUGCUGCAAGAUGACGUGCAUACAAGUAUUGUUCUACAAAUAUUACUUUAUGUAAAUGUUCGCUUGCUACCAAUUUGGUCAUUUGUUACUAUUUAUUGUUUAUACUUCAAGUUUGAUGAAUUGAACCGAAUUCAUAGAAUCAUAAUGGUUCCUUUGAUAUUAGGAGUAAUCUCAAUCGAAUGUGUACGCCUAUUUAUGGGAUACAAUGGCAAUCUUCGAGAGAAGCUCUCAGAUUUGGCCGGAUUUUGGAUUAUAUCAACAGUAUUACAAUUUCCUUUAAUAUGCUAUAUAUUAUUUAGUCCAUACACUCUUUGUCCAAUUGUCGAGAAAUUAUUUUACUUUGCAGUCGCUGCGAUGAGUUUGAUAGAAAUAUUUGUUAGUUUCUUUGUUGUAAAACGGUUAUCACAUUAUACGGCUUUGAAAUAUUGUAUGGAGGCACAAAUAGGCGUUUUAUGUAAGGCGAAUGAUGGAAUUAGAAUGGAACAAAAUACUGUUUUAUUAACACCGGGUAAUGAAACAUAG